AGCGGGUCUUUUCGAUAAGAAAGCAGUUGGUUUCCAGGCGUUUUUAAUCAGUUGGUUAAAAGUACCGCCUACUGCUUUAUCUGAAGCAUCCACCAUCAAGGCAAGUGGGGAAAGAAAAUCCGCAUAGAUCAACGUAGUUGCUUGAGCCAAUUUAUCUUUAAGCUGUUUAAUAGUUUCGACGGCGUCAGAAGAUAGUUUGAAAUCUUUUGUUUUUCCUUUAAGUGAAUCUGUCAAAGGUUGCAUUAAAUGUGCACAACCGGGUAUGAAUCUGCGAUAAAAGUUAAUUAGACCUAGAAAACUUCUCAGUUGUGUUAAAGAACUAGGUAUGGGAUAUUGUUUGAUGGUGUCCACUUCUUUGACCGGUGUAAUCCCUUCUGGGCUUAUUGUGUGGCCGAGAAAUUCUAGAGUUCGAACACCGGAAACACACUUGCUUAGGUGUAUGUUUAUUUCAUGUUCAACCAGUCUUUUUAACACUGCUCGUACAUGCUGUUCGUGUGAUUGUAAAUCGGGGCUGGCAAUUAAGAAAUCGUCUAUAUACCCUUGUGCAAAUGGCAUAUUGGCCCUGGCGAUUUUGAGCUCAUCUGGUGCUAGUCUUCUGGGUUCUGCAAACACAGGUGCACCUUCGGUUUUGAUAGUAUGACUUACUUUUAGUUUGUCUUUGGAAGGCUGUGGGUUUGGUCUAGUUAAGUUUGAAAAUUCCGCGAGUAUAUCUUGGAAUUUCGCUGUUGUUACUGGAGGAGUUUGAAUCAGGUUAAGAGAUGUGAUGUGACUUUCUUUGUAUUUUGUGUAAUUUGGAGUUUCUUUCAGUGUUAAGCGUCGUUUCUUGGUGUGAACUAGGAAUUCGUAUCUCUAUAGAAAUUCCAUCCCCAGUAUUGCCACAUCUAAAUUGGCUGUAGUGAAAACUCAAGAAAAUUGCCUCCUGAACCCCAAAUCUAGUGUUAAAGUUUUCUGCCCAAAUGCCGCGAUUUUAGUUUCAUUGGCAGAUUGAAGUGUAAUUGGGGAUGUUUCUCGACUCAGCUCAGUUUUAUUAUUAGGGAUGAUAGUAAGAGCAGCGCCAGUAUCUACCGAGAAAUUCAAGCCAGAGUUUCGUGCCUUUAGGUAACCCCCGUGCUAUUGAUAGAAGAAACCAGACAAGUAGUGAAUAGGUCUUUAUUUAGAUCUUCGCGCAGUCACAGUGGAGCGUGGGACAAACAAAGCAUUUCAACAUUUAAUAUAAGAUAAUAGGAAAUAUAAAGUUUAUACAAAACAAGGAAGUGAAUGAAUAAUUGAACUAUACUGUUAUGACAUAUGCUUAGUUGUUUGAGGUGAACUCUUAACCAACCAGCCUAAGCUGUUACACACCUCCCAAGCCGUUUCAAUAUGGGGAUUCUAGAUCUACUGUCCAAUCUACUGAGGAUACUGAGUGUUUAUUUGCUUUCCAGAUGUUUGGUCUGGCUUGGGUCGACACAUCAUCGUUGGCAACGAUAUGGAAAUGAAAACUGGGACUGUAUGGUCACUCUUACGAAUGGGCGGAAUACAGUGGUGGUUUGUGAUGCUGUCCUCAUAUGAGAUCUAAUAAGGUUGGUUCGGAGUUCAGGUCAAACCUGGUUGCUUCUUCCACACGUUGCACUAUGUUGCAUGUGAUAAUCGCGUCAACUAGUUCCUGCCUGGAAGAAUCUCCCGACGACCCAAUCCUCAAGUUUUUUUUAUUCUGCCGUAGGUUUAUUAAAGUCUCCUAAGAUCAAACAUCGACCUCUUGAAGACCAAGUGUUGAGACCAUUUAGCAAGGUCUCAUUCACUUCACAGUUUAAACUACAGUGUACCAAACCCAUUAGCAGCUCUUGUUCUAUAUAUUUCAAGCGUCAAAUAACCAGUUAGCACGUUUUUACGACAUAGAAUAUAUUAUCGAUAACGAUAAGGAGGAUAGUGAGUAAAGCUACCACUUCUCCUUUAAACUUCUGGAUUUUUUCGACUCUUACUACUGUCAGACUUUUAAAACCAUGUUCCGUACUGUCGACAAACUGAGUCACCACGUUUUUGUGACGGCAAUCAUAUCUGACUUGGUAGUCUAUCUGUUCACCUAACUCCAAUCGUAUGUACAGCAAGCUACGGACAUUUUGCAAACGUUUAAGCGGUUUUAUGCUGCAUCAAAAGUAGCUUCAGCAUCAUUCUCUGUCGAAGCCUCAACACCUGAAAACUUACAAUUCUAAGGUCCUUCUUGCCAGCAUAUAACCUUGAUUUUAAAUUAUUUUCAGCUUCUCGUCUUUUUAUACAGUUCAUGAGUGACAGAUGUUUUGUGAUAAGGCUUCUGACGCCUUCUGUUUAAGCUUAUUCUGUAGUAUUACUUCAAUUACAUACGGAGACUUAAAUCCCACUUUUAGCAGCUUAACUUGAUUUUGUUUCAGGUCUGUUUGUUAAUCUAGUCUGUAAAUACUAACCAUGGUGGCCACAGAGAUAUCUUGAGCCAUUAGCUGGUUAAUUAGCUCUUUUAUUAAACCAAGAUCAUGCUCAAAAUGAGUUCUGUGUUUCGAGCUUUCACUCUACUUAACUCUUCGAAUACUACUGACCUGUAGCUACAAUCAGCCUUCGGUUUCUUAUCUACUAUUUAGGAAACUAGCUUUUCUUUGACGACAUUGGGUCGUCUCUUAUUCUCGAUCUGUACCCUUUCAUCAACUUUCAGCGAAGUAGCAAUCCUGAUCGCGCUACACGUAUAGUGAGAUCCUAAAUGAUUCUCUACGACUUGGGUGGUCAGGUUGUUUUUUGAUAUUAGAAACAAAUCAAGCCUUGUGGUUAGGCUUGACAGGCGUUUCCUGCUUGCUGCCGUUUGGAGGGCGAGGGACACAAGAAACUUUAUUUCUUAGUGCCGGAAUGGGACAAAAAUAGAUGACACAUGUGAAAUGAACAACAAUGGCAAUAACGAUCAACACUAAGGAUUAACUUAACUAAGAUUCAAUUGCUUGAACACUACAUAUGUACUGUAUACCGCCUGUCAGGCCGUCCAAGGUCGUUGGAUCAAAACGGCAGGUGGCUUUGGAAGGAUUUGAAGUACAGUGUCUAUAAAUGUCACUAUUUUAUUCCAAAAUUGGUGCUUGUUUACAUAGAUCUCCAAUUGCUUUAGGUACUUAUGUCUAGCGCGUGAUCAUGCUUCAUCCUUAAUCUCCUUUUACAUUUGUAAUAAAGUUAGUUCAUUUCGAUAUGAACACUGAACUAGUCGGUAAGACUAGAAUUUAUGGACGAACCCACCACGUAAAAGACAACAGGUCUCAGAUUCCGGCGCAAAAUUCAUCCAUCCAUUUGGCACAAUACCGUUUUAGCAUCACAGCUGAUGUCAAUUCGUGAUGAAAACCCUAAAUCUAAUUCAUAACCUUAACCAUCAACUGUAAGUCAUGAUUCUAAUUCCUCACACAGGUUCAUGAUCUUCAUUUGGUCCUAGUUAUUAGGUGGAGCUCCUCAGGGUCACUUUGGUGUCGCUCAAAGUUCGUCCAUAAAUUAUAGUCUCACUAGCUAGUCAACGAAAACAGUAUAUUAAAAAUCAGAUGCGGAACUCCGGGGUCUUGUAAUAUCUGACCCCACCUUCUUUACUCUUGGCACCCCGCUUGGUCUUUUUGCUUACUGGGCAGUAGUGAGUGCGAAGUUACCUCUUGGCACUAAAAUCGUGCUUCAUCCUAUUUACUAAUUGCUAUAAUGAUGGGCUAUUUGGAGUAGUUCUGUUAAUAACAUUAAAUGAUUUGCAUAAAGUCAUUAAGAUGGUGGUUGGAGGUAGUCAAAAGGAAACCCUGGACCUAGGUUUUCAUGCUACUUGGCACUCUUCAAAUGGUUGUGGACGGAAUAGAAGAAGCUUUCGCUUAACGGACUUCCGUGUCUAAUAGCAGUGGGUCACUAAUACCUCCAGACAGGAACCUAGGUAUAUUAACGAUAAUAGAGGAAAAAAAAGAAAUUGGUAAAUCAUAAUAAGAUGUCAUCAUUAGUCCUUAAGAAUAGGUCUAGUUUCCUCUUGAGGGACUCCUGGGAAGUCGCUUAGACAAGUUCAGUCGGUAGCGAAUUCCAGUAUUCGACAACUCUUAAGGAGUAGAAGUUGUGUCUACAGUCCGUUCUGCUAUGUUGUAUCUCCAAUUUCUGGGUGUUACCCCUUAGGUUUGUAUUGGGACUAAGCUUAAGUAUGUGUUUAAGGGGAUGUCCAGAAGUGUUAAGGAUACUGUAAGUCAUCAGAGGGUCACCUCUAAGACGCCUAUACUCUAGUGGGUAAAUGUUAAGUGAUUGGAGGCGCUCUCCAUAAGGUUUGAAUUUGAGUCCCCAAACUGAUUUCGUGGCUCGCCGUUGGAUACGCCCUAGAGUGUCCUUAUCCUUUUUUUUUGGGGGGGGGAAUACAAUGUUUCCGUACUCUAAAUGGGGACGAAUAAAACUGAAGAUUAUGUGGAAAGUUCUACCGUCAAACUGACCAAAAAUGCGCUUCAAUGAUACCAGUGCAAGGUUUGCUCGAAAGGCAUUUCUGUCACAGUUAGCGUAGGACUUCAAAUCCUAGGGUACCAACACUCCUGAAUCUUUUUCGACUCGGGAUACUACUAGAGAGGAGUUUCUUAGGUUGUAACUGUAAUCUGCAACAUGUCGCAGGUGGACUACUUUACACUUUGAAGUGUUGAAGGUAAGUCGGUUGCCAUGUGCCCAACUUUGAAUUCGAGUAAAAUCCUCCUGAAGUGCCUGUGUAUUCUCUUGGUUGUGUAUCUCUCUCCAAAGUUUCACGUCAUCAGCAAAAUGUAGUAAGUCUGAAGGCACCUGUUGUGGGAGAUCAUUUAUGUAAAUCAAGAAGAGAAGGGGUCCCAGUACUGAGCCCUGGGGGAGCCCACUAGGACAUUCUAUAGCCUGAGAUAAAGUGAAGUUAACCCUGAUCUUAAAAUGUCGAUUUUUCAGAUAUGAGAUGAGCCAGUCAAUUAGAGGUUAUUUGAUGCCUAAUCGUUUGAGCUUAUUGAUAAGACACAUGUGGUUGAUCCUAUGAAAAGCUUUUGAGAAGUCAAGGUAAAUGACAUCAGCCUUCCCCUUGCGGUUAAGGAUUGUCGUCCAUCUGUCCACUACAGUCAGCUGGUUGGUUAUACAGGAGUAACCCUUUCAGAAACCACGCUGUUGGGGUGAGAAGAAAUUUAAGGACAGUAAUUAGUCAUGUGUACCAUCGCAUAUCAGGGACUCCAUAAUUUUUAUAGGUAUAGAUAGAAAAGCCACCGGUCGGUAACUUGAAGGUUCGCUGCGUCGACUUACUUCGAAAAUUGGUGUGAUGUGAGCCAGCAACCAAUUUUCCGGUAGUUUUCCUCGGCUUAGCGAGUGUGAGAACAUCACGCUAAGUGGUGUUGCCAGGAUUGAAGCUGCUUCCCUCAGUAUAGCAGAAUGAACCAUAUAUGGGUCGGGAAGUGUUUUUUCUUGAGUACUGCAAUUUCCGGAACACGAAGUCAGCGCUCAGGUUCACUUCGGAAAGUCAUGUGCAGUUGCAAAUGAAGCUGUCAUCAGUAUAGUUGAUGUGGGUCGGUUGAAAUGUCCGAGAGUAUUGUUCAACCAAAGGGUUAGGGGCGUCGCCUCUGUUAUUGGUCGGGCCAUUAGGACCUAGCAGUUGGGAAACUUCAGUUUUGGCUUGACGAAGAGAGGCUGCAUAACGGAAUAAGCUUUUCGAAUUGGAGACAAAAUUAUCCAUAAGCUUUAUCUGUUACUGAAGCCUGUUUUCUCUCACAGCCUUCGUGCAUAUGUUCCUUAUAUGUUUGUAUUGCCUGUACGCGUCAGUAAGGUGUACCUGCAGGUACCUCAAUAUUAUAUGUAAUAUUGAGGUAACUAAUACUCCCUGACGUAUUCGAUCCCAUUACAUUAAAUUUUCAGUCAACAACAACGUAAAACAUCGUACGUACCUACAUCAGUCCAAGUUGCCAUACCACAUUAGCACAGAGAUACAAUUGUCAAUUCAAAUCCCGUAGUGGUAGAGGUAGUAAAAGUGUAAGCAGUAAUCGGAAAGAUUAGGGUUUGAAGAUGUUAUGCAAUGAGUAUAAUCCAGUGAAAUAAAUUUCGGAAGAGAAAAUAUAGGACAUGAAGAAUUCAGAAGAUUAGAAUUUGGGAGAACACAAAGAGUGGAUGCACCUGCGCCAUUGCCAACGAUUUUGAGCCAUGUCAUUCAAGGUCUCUAACCAUCGGUUGCUAUCGUCUCGCGGAUUCCAACCAGGUAGUCUACACCUACCAACAUGGUUCAGUUCACUUGUCAGUGACUUCAUGGAUUUGUGCUAUGUCUUGAUUUGGCCGCCCCUAGUUUUCUUCCAACCUACUCCUACACCAUGAAACAUCGCACGUCGAGGCAGUCGGUGGUUGGGUAUAUGUAACACGUGUUCUAGCCGUCUCAACUGAUGGAGUUUCACUACAUUUUUAUUGUUUGGAAUUCAUUUAAAUACUCCAUUUUCUCAUUAAUUGACAGGAUUUUGUAUAAUAGUUAAUGUCUUCACCUGUGUUAUGUUAUGCUCCCUUCUCUGUAUACACUGUCUACAAUUUAAAGGACUGUAAAUCAAAUCAUGAGAGGAAAGUCGAGGAAGCGCAGCUCAAAGGUCAUUAUUGAGAAACAGAAACCAAAAGUUUCCAAGAUAGUUUCUGAAGAAGAAAGUCCAAUAUCUGAUUAUCCAAUUUCCGAUGAAAUCCAAAGGCGUAUUUCUAUGAUUGGUCAAGGAUUUCAUCUCAAGUGCUCUCCAGACUUUCCAUUGUUUUACGAGUUUUGUGAAACUCUUCGUGCCGACGCCCCACUUGAAGCACUAUUAGAUGUCGGAUUUCGUCUGGUUGGUCCAUUUGAAAUACUUCAUUUAGGAUCAAAGGAGCCAGUCAAAAAUGGCCAAUGGUCAAAUUAUUACCGUUUUUAUCACGAUCCUCCGGAGUUUGUGACAGUGAUUAUAUGCACUACUGAACAAUACCAUAUAGGCUACUUCCGGGAUUCAUGCGAAUCUAAACCAUUUCUUGCCAAAUCAACGCCUAUGUCCAAUGGAGUCCUAGAGUAUUGUGGUCAGAAUUUGUUUGCUUGUCUAAGGUCUAUCCUGCAAGAAAAAUGUGCUGAAUCUACUGACUUGUUAAAAAGUCUUAUUGAAUUUGCAUCUUUUAAGAAUAUCCCAACAGGUUUAUCAUCAUUUUGUAAGCUAUCUACAAUUUAUGUGAUAUGGCUAAAGAUAUGAAGGAUCGAAAGAAACGUCAAGUGUGUGCCACAACAAACCAUAUAGGUUUAAUGAUCGAUGUGACUAAGAAUGACAUUGGAUACCGUCCUUUAAAUAUUUCUUACGCUGAACUAAACAAAAGACUGGAAGAUAUUGUCAGUGAGAAGUCAAAAGAACGGCAGUUAAUUAAAUUUGCUCCAAUCGAUGAGUUGAUUACCUGUGUUCAGUUUGCCAACGAUGAAGGAGAUUUUGGUCAAGGUUUAGAAUUGGGCUUAUCAAUAUUAGCAUUUCAUCCUAAAGUCGAUUGUUUAAGCGAUUGUGUGGAAUAAAGAAACGCUGUCAACAUAACUGUAGUCGAUUCACGAGUCAAGGGGGGGGGGUAAAAUUAAACUAUUUAUUAUUAUAAUACAGUCAACUCAUGUUAAUGCUAUUUCAAUGAAAGUUAAUGGAAACUAGAGUGUUCGAGUUAAAAUGAACAAAUUUGUUCUGAAAAUGUUUAAGGUUCCUUUGGAUUUGAGUAUGAAGUUAGUUUGAAUCUCCGUGAAUCUUGCUAACGAUAGUUCAUCAAAUGUUGGUUUCUCCUUCAAACAAGAUUUGGUUGGGACAUGAGUCCAGUGAGUUGUGGUAACACUAUUAAAAUAACUGCAAGUUUUUUCUAAAUGUUAUUAAAUGAGAUACAGUUCAUCAUAUACACAAAGUCUACGUAAAGUGAAUACUAGUAUGACGUCAAAAUCCUAGACUUAAAAGAAUACAUAUCAGUACAUGGAGUGAAAAAAACUGAUUGUGUUAGUCAUAUAGUCAUCUGGAAUGUUGAUCACCAUCUCCACAUUUAUGAACUCUUAUCUUCAGGAGGUUCCAUCAGAUUUUCACCAAACAAUAAUGUUAUAUUCUUACUAAUUGUAGUACGUUUUUCACACUAAUUUUAUUUUAUUUUAGCUCAACCGCUAGAGACAGCAAACAUAUUUAACAAUAAAAUUAAACAUUUAUUGUCUGUCGGUUAUACUUUAGCCAAUAGAAAGGAAUUCAGUCAAGUAAUUCAGUCUCAUAUGGAUGACAGACGUAUUGAACCACUAACUUUCACAUAAAUUACCUUUACUGUAUUUAUCUAUUUGGAUCGCACAUAGGUGUCAUCUUACACUUGCAUUUAUUUUUAUAUUAAUUGUGAAAAUUUCAGAGUCUGUUGGUUUUAUUAUUGUAAACAUUUUAAAUUAACACUUUUAACACAUUGUUUUUUACUUACUAUUGUUUGUUAUUCCAUGGGAUUAAGUGUUUUUAAAUGAUGACUUGAAGUCAUUUACUGAAUAUUGUGUAAUAUAUUUGGGAUCCAGUUGGCUUCUUUUGUUUUCCUAAUCGUCACCAACUUUUGAUAAUUUUGAACAACUUAACGCUUAAAUAAGUUUAUGAACCGCUUGUGAUUGAUAAGUAAUAUCUUUAAUUUGUGAGGAGUAACUUGCAGUGGAUUUAGAGGUAUUCUUGCUGGCGAAUUAGCUUCCCCUAAGUACAAGACGGAACUUUUAAACUUUUCUUGUACAUGACUAAUUCAAAGAUCGGACUUCUAACAUUAUAUACCAUUGUGUUAUAAAGUCAGUGCAAUACGGUAACCGAGUACAUGCCCCUCUUCCUGUUACUGCGCUGUACUUAUUAUGCAAGAGUUAAUAAUCGUACUGAAAUAGAACUUGGAUUCACAAACAAUGUUUGAAAGUAGGUAUCAGUGCCAAGGUUGGACUUGAUAGUUUCAAAUAAAUUGAGCGUUGACUAGAAUGUUAAUAAUAAAUUAAUUUUUGUGAUAUUCCAAUUAGUAGAAAAUAGUGUUUGUGACGUUUCGCGGCUUAAUACA